AGAGCUUUAGAGUCUUCUCCGGCCACUUCCCGUCGGCGAUCGUCUCCGUCCGACUUUGCUCCGGCGAGGUAAUCUGUCUCAGGCCAGUUGCAGGAAUCGAGAAGAGUAUUAAAGAGAGGAGAGAGCCAUGGCCGGAAAUCAACUGCAAGUUCUAAGCGCACUUGAUUUGGCAAAAACCCAAUGGUACCACUUCACGGCCAUAGUGAUCGCCGGCAUGGGCUUCUUCACCGACGCCUAUGAUCUCUUUUGCAUCUCACUAGUCACCAAACUGCUCGGGAGAAUCUACUACCACGUCGAAGGAUCCCACAAGCCAGGAACUCUGCCACCCAACGUGGCUGCUGCCGUCAACGGGGUCGCCUUCUGCGGCACGCUGGCGGGGCAGCUCUUCUUCGGGUGGCUCGGGGACAAGCUCGGGAGGAAGAAGGUGUACGGGAUGACGCUUAUGAUGAUGGUCGUGUGCUCCGUGGCUUCGGGCCUCUCGUUCGGGCACACCCCGAAGAGCGUGAUGGCCACGCUCUGCUUCUUCCGCUUCUGGCUCGGGUUCGGCAUCGGCGGGGACUACCCUCUCUCCGCCACCAUCAUGUCGGAGUACGCCAACAAGAAGACCCGGGGCGCCUUCAUCGCGGCCGUGUUCGCGAUGCAGGGCUUCGGGAUUCUGGCUGGCGGAGCCGUGGCAAUCAUUGUCUCUGCAUCGUUCAAGUCCGCGUUCCCAGCCCCGGACUACAAAACCGACCCUCUCGCUUCCACCGUCUCCCAGGCCGACUUUGUUUGGCGGAUCAUCGUCAUGUUCGGCGCCAUCCCCGCCGCACUCACCUACUACUGGCGCAUGAAGAUGCCGGAGACGGCCCGGUAUACUGCCCUCGUCGCAAAGAACGCAAAACAAGCCGCGUCCGACAUGUCUAAGGUGAUGCAGGUGGAAAUAUCAGCGGAUCACGUUGAGAAGCCGAUCCACGAAGGGAACCGUGGCGAGUUCGGAAUGUUUUCCAAGACGUUUCUUCGUCGUCACGGCCUCCAUCUGCUCGGGACGACGACGACAUGGUUCUUGCUGGACAUAGCGUUCUACAGCCAGAACCUAUUCCAGAAAGACAUUUUCUCAGCAAUAGGAUGGAUUCCAAAAGCGGAAACGAUGAAUGCCCUGGAAGAGGUCUACAAGAUUGCGAGAGCUCAGACGCUGAUUGCAAUCUGUAGCACUGUUCCAGGGUACUGGUUCACUGUAGCCCUGAUAGACAAAAUGGGAAGGUUCGCCAUCCAGCUCAUGGGCUUCUUCUUCAUGACAGUCUUCAUGUUCGCUUUGGCCAUCCCCUACAACCACUGGACCCACAAAGAAAACCGGAUCGGGUUCGUCAUCAUGUACUCCCUCACCUUCUUCUUUGCCAACUUCGGCCCCAACGCGACCACAUUCGUGGUCCCGGCGGAGAUCUUCCCUGCCAGGCUGCGGUCAACCUGCCACGGCAUAUCAGCUGCAUCCGGGAAGGCAGGGGCGAUAGUGGGAGCGUUCGGGUUCUUGUACGCUGCCCAGUCGACCGACCCGAAGAAGACUGACGCGGGUUACCCGACUGGGAUCGGCGUCAAGAACUCGCUCAUAGUACUUGGAUGCAUCAACUUUCUUGGCAUUCUUUUCACGUUGUUGGUGCCGGAGUCGAAGGGAAAGUCCCUCGAGGAGAUGUCUAAAGAGAAUGUGGAGGGUGAAGAAGAGGGGAAUGGGCCUGAGAUGAUGAGAACUCAGAGCAGGACCGUUCCUCUCUAAUUAUAUAUAUAGAAACCUUUGUCUUUAUUAUCUUCAAAGAUGAUAUGUUUUAACAUGUUUUCAUAGAUUGUACAAGGAGUAUUAAAACUAUUACUCGUAUUAUAUAUUAUUAAAUGCCUAUAUAUGGAUGAUGGGGAAGUGAGGAAGAGUUACCAUAGUCAGUUGGUAAAGCCUUGGAGCAUUGGAUUGACUGAAUCUCUCUGCUAGGUCUUCCCAAAUUUCUUGGGCUGUCUCACAAUACAAUAUGCUGCUAGCGAUUCCGCUUCUACCGAAUGUAAAAUCCAUGAGAUAACGAGAUUAUUGCAGCGAAUCCAUUGUUGAUACAAAGGAGAAUUUGGAUCUGGUGCUUUCGUAGAACCAGUAACGAAUCCUAGUUUGUUUCUCGCGCUUAGGGCUAUCUCAGCAGAUCUUCUCCAUUGCGAGAAGUUCUCAGCAUUCAAUUUCUGAGAAGCGAGAACAAAACUAGGAGAUUCUG